UUCGUUGCUUAAUGCCAGAGUGUUAGCGAGCGUGAGAUAGAGCAAGACGCGGUUCCUCCCGUGUGAACGUGUAGAUAAGGUUGAGUGCACACACUGUGAAGAACGUCACAAACAACCCCCACCCAUUACCGCGAUUCCUUCCAAAGGCUCCUUUUGUGUUGUGCCGUCAGAAGUGGCUUUGAAUGCGGCUGUUUUCCCGGCUUUAGUUUACACAAAACACAUACACACCGGUGCUCAGUAGGCUAUCAUUUCCGUUCGGUUCGAAUCCGUCUACUAACCCCUGCCCGUUCAUUCAUACGUUCCCUGCUUGUGCUGCGAAGUGUGGUGGACGUGGAAAGCAAGGAAAGGAAGGAUUGAUUCUUUCGAACCUGUUGUCGCUUUUUCCUUUUCCUCAACCUAGCGCCACAAUCGAACCGCUUGACACACUCGCGCAGAGGAUAAGCGGUCCACCGGAAGGCGGGAAUUAGAAGUAUACACGGUUUUUGUAUUUGUCUGUGUGUGUGUAGCACAACGGCAUCGGUAUCAGAGAUUGUGACAAAAAUCACCAAAACAAACUAAAGCGCAAUUGAUUCGUAUUGGAGACGUAUUUAUUUAGCAAAAUUGUUGCCCGUUAAAAGCCGUACCCAAUUGUCACGUGUCGUGAUCGCUCUCCCUCGUUUCGUUUCGUUCGGACUGCCAAUCCCGCCAAUUUGCGUACCGAUUUGUGCCACCCCAUGGCAACCUACCUGAACCGCACACUGUCGAUGGUGACCGGCAACGGAAACGCCUCGAUGUACGAUACGGCCGCCCUGAUCGAUCCGAACGCCCGCACGCUGCACAACAAUGCGACCGACGUGUCGCCGCUACAGAUUUUCGUGCGGGCGAAAAAGAAGAUCAACGAUAUUUUCGUCGAGAUCAAUGAUUAUGUCGUCGAAACGACCGGUUUCAUCGAAGCUGAACUACCCGCCUCGUCCGAGAUCGUCGACAAGGCGGAAGCGGAACAGUUCAAAAGCUAUGUGCUUAAGGUGCGAGGCAUCCGGGAGGUGCUGGCGCGCGAUAACAUGAAGGUGGCAUUUUUCGGCCGCACCUCGAACGGCAAAAGCUCCGUAAUCAAUGCGAUGCUGCGUGAUAAAAUUCUUCCCAGCGGUAUCGGCCACACGACCAACUGCUUCUGCCAGGUGGAAGGCAUCGAUGGUCACGAAGCGUACCUGGUGAAGGAGGGAAGCGAUGAAAAGCUCAACGUGACCUCCGUGAAACAGCUGGCCAACGCACUGUGCCAGGAGAAGCUGUGCGAAAGCUCGCUGGUGCGAAUAUUCUGGCCGCGCGAACGGUGCAGCCUGCUGCGCGAUGACGUCGUGUUUGUCGACUCGCCCGGUGUGGACGUGUCGCCGAACUUGGACGACUGGAUCGACAACCAUUGCCUGAAUGCGGACGUGUUCGUGCUGGUGCUAAACGCCGAAUCUACCAUGACGCUGGCGGAAAAAUCAUUCUUUCACGAAGUGUCCACCCGUCUAUCGAAGCCGAACAUUUUUGUGCUGAACAACCGCUGGGAUGCGUCAGCGUCCGAGCCCGAGUUUCAAGAAUCGAAGGAGCUGGAAAAGGUGAAAGCUCAACACCAGGAGCGGUGCAUAGAUUUCCUGGUGAAGGAACUGAAGGUCGCCACACCGAAGGAAGCGGAGGAGCGUGUGUUCUUCGUUUCGGCACGCGAAACGCUGCAGGCACGGCUAAAGGAGCAGGAAGGCCUCCCAGCGAUAGCGGGCGCGCUGGCCGACGGCUUCCAGAACCGCUACUUCGAGUUCCAGGACUUUGAGCGUAAGUUCGAGGAAUGCAUUUCCAAGAGUGCGGUGCGGACCAAGUUCGAGCAGCACAGCUCGCGCGGCAAAAACAUUGCGAGCGAUAUGCGCAUGAUGCUCGACAGCAUCUAUGAGCGGGCGAACGUGCUGCGCAACCAGAAGCUCGAGCAAAGGAAGCGCCUGACGGACCGGAUCGCCAGCACGGAGACGUCGCUGAUGCAGGUGACGCGCGAGAUGAAGAUGAAGAUCCAUACGAUGGUCGAGGAGGUUGAGCAGAAGGUGGCGAAAGCGCUGAACGAAGAAAUCUGGCGGCUGAACGUGCUGGUGGACGAGUUCAAUCUGCCGUUCCACACGGAUCCGCUCGUGCUGAACGUGUACAAGAAGGAAAUCAAUGCGCACGUGGAGAACGGGCUGGGGUCGAACCUGCGCGCCCGGCUCAGCACGGCGCUGGCGAUGAACGUGGAGACGGCGCAGCGCGAAAUGACGAGCCGCAUGACGGCGCUGCUACCGUCGGAGAAGAUGAGCGCCCAGCAGCAUCAGGUGGUCGUGCGCACGCAACCGUUCGAGAUGCUGUACACGCUCAACUGUCAGAAUCUGUGCGCCGAUUUCCAGGAGGACCUGGAGUUCCGGUUCUCGUGGGGCAUUCGGGCACUGAUCGCACGGUUCAAUGGGAAGAUCCGAUCCAGCAAUCGGAAAGCGAUCACGCACCAUCGCCAGAACAGCAACAUGAAUAUGUCACAGGUUCUUUCUCCAACCUCACCGAUGUGUCUUAUGCCGGAGAACGAGCUGAUCACGAACGAACAACUGUCGGUGAUUUCGAAGGUGGCCAUCGCUUCGAUAGGAUCGCAGGGAACACUCGGUCUGGUGGUGGCUGGAUUGAUGUUGAAAACCAUCGGCUGGCGUGUGAUAGUCGGCGCCGGUGUAAUAUACGGCAGCGUGUAUCUGUACGAACGAUUGUCCUGGACGAACACGGCAAAGGAGCGCAACUUCAAGAACCAGUACGUAGAUCAUGCAACGCGCAAGCUGAAGCUGAUCGUUGAUUUGACCUCGGCCAACUGCAGUCACCAGGUGCAGCAGGAACUGUCCAGCACUUUCGCACGAUUGUGCCGGGUGGUGGACACGGCCAGCACGGAGAUGAACGAGGAGCUGAAGCAGAUCGAAAGCUCGCUCGGGGUGAUCGAAACCAACCAGAAACAGAUCAAGCUGCUGAAAAACAAGGCGAACUACAUCAUGAACGAGCUGGAAAUCUUCGACAGCAACUACAUCAAGGCGAAUUAGAUAGAAUCGUUGACUAUCCCCUAUUUCUUGAGCUCCUUGCGCCGGUGGAUGGGCAACAGUGUAAUUGCCGUUUAGAUACAAAUGUUUCCCGUACCCGUAUUGGUUCUAUUUUUUAUGGAUUCAGGAAGGGGGAGAAAAAAGCUCCCCACAAAACAAAACAAAACGAAUGUGAUUUUUUUUUCAUUUUUUCAUCUCGGUUGGGAAAAUCGAGCACAGAAACGUUGGAAGCAUUGUAAAGCAAGUCCUAGUUGUUGAGCAGCUAUUGUUCCGUAGCACACGUGCGUUCCUUUUUGCGCCAUAGAAAAGGGCAAUAAUGGUUCGGCUGUAAUCGUACUAACCCAAAGCAAUGUCCUCAAUAUCCUCUGUUAACAGCACCUCCGGCAGGAGUGCAGCAUAUUUAAUGUUUGUUUCUAUAGUAGGCAAUAGGCAAAUGAACGAAGCAAGGCGAAACGACGCAACGCUUUUAGUGAGGGGAUGCGCUCGCAGGAAGAUGGCGCAAUGGCUGCGCAACGGGGUGCGUUACAGGUGGUGCGCUAGACGCGAAAGGAGCAGGUAGAGCAUCGCUGCUUCACCCGUGCUGUAUGAUACUAUUUAAUGUACUGUGAAUUAGUAGCAAAUAUCUAUACUCUUCAAACCCGUUGUUUGAUAUGUAAAAAUAACACAACUAAAUCGAAUCGUUCUCUCCGUGUUCACGUGAAUAAAUGUAGUUUGCAACGCGGUGGCGGUGCACCGGAAGAGCGGACGAGCGAAGCUACCAACGCGGCACGUGAUCACACGUUUGCUGCUAUAAAUAGACCGUUGACGCGUGCAUAGCAUCGAUAGGAUACUUUUUACAAAAUAAAUUGGACAAGCAACAGAAAAGAAGAAAAAAACACAGAAA